ACAACACAACAGCAGUGGAGACGACAGAAGGCAUUACGAUGUCCAUCAAAUUCAGCGGAUGGGAAGUGUUCCGUGAGAAAUCACGGGACCUGAAACCGGGCCAGGCGCCAAAGUCACGCCGCGGCUACACUAUGUACCACGGAACACAAGCGUCCAGCGCCACCGCCAUCAUAUCCUCCGGGUUCAGGCCCUCCGCAGGGGGGACGCUGGGAGCUGGAGUCUACUGCAGCAGAGACAUCAACAAGGCAAUGGGCUAUGGGCCAGUGGUCCUGAAGCUCAGUGUGAGAGUUGGGAAGGUGAAGAAGAUUAAUGGCCAGGACAGACAGAUGUGGACCACCUGGCAUCAGCACGGUUACGACACAGCCUGGCUGCCCAACACUUUUGGUUUGGAGGAGGACUGUGUUUGGGAUCCUAAGCGGCUCACUGUUGUUGGCAUAGCACAAUGCACAGACCCAGCUACACAGACGUCUCUCGAGACACUGAUAAAGAAACAACCGCAAGGGAACCAGAACACACAGAAAAAUGCCAAAUGUAAGGUCUGUGGAAGUCAGACAGAAUUAAACCACACUAUAGAAACAUGUUGGGAAUGCAAGGCUGCAAUUUGCCCAUUCAUGGACAAGCAUGUUUGCCACAAACGUGGUUGAUACGAGAAGCUUUCCCAUCAAUAGGUCGCUCCCUGUCACUAAGCCUUAAAUCCGUAUUUCUUUAUUUACUGUAUUAUAUGUAUAUAUUGUAACCUAUUCACUUAAUAUUGGGAAAUAAUAAUUCAGCAACAAUUCAUUGUGAAAUAGGCCUAUGUUUACAGUAGUGAUUGACAGGUUUUCUGAUAAGUUGGUUAUUUUGUCUCAGGAUCCAGAUAUAAUGGUGUGAGCACUGUAAUUUCAGACGGAUCAUGACGGAUAAUUCAGAUGGAUAAUUUCAAACUGACUAUGGCCAUGUAUUAUUAAUGCAUAUGUAACACUCUCAAUAAAUGUCAUGCCCAGCGCAGGCCUGCUUAGCCUUUA